ACACCUCCUCUUCCUCCUGGUCGCCCUCCUUCAGACCCCAGAGCAGCAUUCAGAGGAAGUUAAAGCCCUCAAAGCUCUUCAGCCUCUAAAUUCAGCGAUGAUGUCAAACUAUUUGCCGUUAGCUUAUUGGUCUUCUGCUGUGACGUCCAACAGAUCUGAAACAAGCUUCAGUACGAAGGUGGGGCCUGUCCUUUCAGACACUUUCCUCCAAUCACCAUGCACAUCCCAAGAGGUCCCUCCCUCGCUCCUCCUCAGCCCCUGCCUCUGGCUGAAUGAUUCCAGCUGUCAGUCACCGAACCCUGCUUACGUCCCACCUGCAUCUUCUUCAUCCUUGUAUAGUAAUCAUGCUCUGAUUCCACACCCCACCCACCUCCUCUCCUCAACACCUGGAUGUAACAGUUACCAUGGCAACCUGUACACACCCUCCUCCCCCUCUGCAGGUGACUGGAUGCUACCUGACAGUCUGUCUUGGGGGCAGGGAUGUGGACCAGAGCAGCGCGAGUGCGUGAGCUGUGGGACGCAGAGCGCCCCCCUGUGGAGGCGAGACGCUGCAGGUCGACUCCUGUGUAACACCUGCAGCCUCGGACAGGAAGCCAACAACACACCGCUGCUGAGACCGAAGAGACGAGCUAGCAGGAUUCAGAGGAAAGGAACUCAGUGUGUCAACUGUCUGACUGAGCACACGACGCUGUGGAGGAGAAACUCUGCAGGAGAAGCCAUCUGCAACGCCUGCGGCCUCUACUACAGACUACACCGGGUGAAUCGCCCGCUGGCCUUGAAGAAAGAUGGAAUCCAAACCAGGAAACGGAAAGUGGUCACUAAGAAGAAGAGGAAAACUGACCAAUCAGAGACCAAGCUGCCUAAGGGGGUCCAGCCCAGUGAUGUCACAGCAGCUGACAGCAGCGUUGUCGGGUUUUAGGUGACCUGAUGCUGCAGGAUCUCAUUACCUCUGAUCUCUCUCUGUUUUGAACCUUCAUAAGCCCACCAGAGGAAAACAUCAGCUCAGGACCUUCUUCUUCAUUAUCAGAACAAUCGAGUGAAUAAAUAAAUCCAUGAACCUCUGCAGACAGGAGCUGCUCGCACAACCUUUUCAGACGUGUCUGCUGUUUUUGCUUCCUGUGUGCCGUCCUCUGUGAUCACCUGUUUUUAGAUGUUUGUUGGCUGUAUUUACUGUGGACCUUGUCUCCAGCCCAAUAAAUGACUCACUUUUUGUUAUUUAACACAUCUUA